AUGGACAUCGCCACACCAUCAGGACCUCGCCCGAUCAUUCGACUCCGUCUACUUCUGCUCAAAACCGAAGAGCAACUCAAAGACGCACUGCAGCGACCACGCGACGUACGAGAGAAGGGUCUGCACAUAGUCACUACCUGGCGAUUCGAGACUGAGACUAGGACUGGUCGCUUCUGGAUGCGCGAAGAUAUCAUGAGGCAAGUUAUGGAUAGACGAAAUGGCUGGUAUGCCUGUAUACGGAGAGUUGAUAGAUGGGAUAUCGUAGGUCAGCCUGUCAAGGCUUCCAGUGCUGCAGUGAAGGAUCUGGCUGUAACUUGGGCUGACUGA